AGGGUUUAAUUGAUAGGAAACGCUGUUCGUGAAAUCCAUUAGAACAUUCACGGCUAGACUGUGUUGUGGUGCGUGAAAAUACACAAAAUCGAACUGUGAAAAAAUACUGCAAAACAGGGCUGUGUCGUUAAAUCAGACCGACUGCGUUAGUCAGGAUUUUGUUGUGUCGUAAAACGACAUUUCCUAGGAAGGAGUUGCUUGUAAUGCCAAAUGUUUAAGGAAAGGAAAGUGAAUGUUUAUAAAUAGAUCGAGAAAACCGGCGAAUCCCUGCAGUAAAAUCAUUCGUUUUCGUGGAAACCUCGUCUGCUAUUGGCGUCCAGUUUAUUGCGAGUGCCAAUUGAGUGCGAACGUGUUUUUGCUUCUCCGGAGGCUGUGCGAUAUUGUACGUUGCGUUCGCCAUUAGCAUAUGGUUCAGUAUACAAAGCCUUGAUAAGACAAAUUUUUUACAUGUUAAUUGAAUAAUCAAGGCUUUUCAUGUGUUGUGAGUGGUUCUGAAACUGAAUAAAAAUUUCAGUACCGUGAACCGUGUAAGAACCAGAGGAUAACAAAAAGUAAUAUAUUUACGCGUGAGGAAGGUCAUUUCGCGUUUCGUUUUUGCAUUCGGUCGCGUCUCGCCGCCGUCGCGUUAUACAGUUCGACGUUCGUUGACGAAAAGUAGUGGACCUUCACAUCACCUUAUCGGGACAUAAACAUAACCGCGCGCGAAAUGUCGCAUUACAAUGAAAAUUACAACUACCCUCGUAACUGGCAUGGGAAUGGUUUCGGUUGGGUAAACCCCGCAGCACUGAACCAACCGUCCUAUCCACCGCAGAUGCCAACACCCGGUUCCUCCGGGUAUUCCAGUUUAAAUCCCUCCAUAUCGGGUCAGUCUCUGUCCUAUGGUUUUGUACAGCCAACGUCUAGCCCCGGUGGGUAUCCACCGGCUCCAGCGCCCAGUUUACCAUACCCUACCAUGGGCUUCGCCGGGGGUUUCGGCGGAAUGCCGAUGCCAAAUGCCGGCUAUGAUGCACCACAAAUGCCCUCAAUGCCCAUGCCAAUGCCGGGUGAUUCGUACGGCUCCAGUUCUACGGAGGAUGCCGCACAAGCACAGGAAAUUCCCUUCCAAGCUGUCUCCAUCCCGAUUGCAGAGGGGAUGUUUUCAAGUCUCGGUGAAAAGGGCAGUGGUUACCGAACCCGAACCGAUGUGCAGGACUUCUACGUUCUACGCAGCCAGUGUCUCGAAAAUGGAUCCCUGUUCGAGGAUCCGGAAUUUCCGGCAACAUCCUCUUCGCUGAUGUACUCACGCCGUCCUGAUCGACACUACGAGUGGCUUCGUCCGCACGAGAUCAGCGAUAGUCCGGAGUUCUUCGUCGAAGGAUUCUCACGGUUCGAUGUGCAGCAGGGUGAACUGGGCGACUGCUGGCUGCUGGCUGCCUGUGCCAAUCUGACUCAGGAUCAGAAACUGUUCCUUCGUGUCGUGCCGGAGGACAACAGCUUCGAGGACGAAUAUGCCGGUAUCUUCCACUUUCGCUUUUGGCAGUACGGAAGGUGGGUCGAUGUGGUCAUCGACGAUCGGCUGCCAACCUACCGUGGUGAGCUAAUUUACAUGAGAUCGUCGGAGAAGAAUGAAUUCUGGAGUGCCUUGCUGGAGAAAGCAUACGCUAAGCUGCACGGGUCGUACGAAGCACUGAAGGGUGGCACCACCUGUGAAGCGAUGGAGGACUUCACCGGAGGGGUUACGGAAAUGUACGAUCUGAAGGAUCAGACUCCACCGAAUCUGUUUCAAAUUGUCGAGAAGGGUUUCAAGCGGAACUCGAUGUUUGCCUGUAGUAUUGAGCCAGAUCCGAACGUAACGGAAGCGGAAACCCCCGAAGGUCUUAUCCGGGGUCACGCUUAUUCUAUUACCAAGAUACAGAUGGUCGAUAUUGUAACUCCAUCUACUUCUGGUAAAAUCCCACUUAUUCGGCUGCGCAACCCGUGGGGAAAUGAAGCAGAAUGGAAUGGUGCUUGGAGUGAUCAAUCUCCGGAAUGGCGAUUCAUUCCCGACGAACAGAAAGAGGAGCUUGGCCUCAGUUUUGAUGUUGAUGGAGAGUUCUGGAUGUCAUAUCGAGAUUUUAUUCGGUAUUUCGAUCGUACUGAGAUCUGUAAUUUGAGUCCCGAUUCACUCAGUGAGGAACAGGCGAACCGUGGUAAACUGCGGUGGGAAAUGUCCACCUUUGAAGGUGAAUGGGCAAUGGGCAGCACUGCCGGUGGUUGUCGUAACUACUUGCAGACUUUCUGGCAUAACCCUCAGUAUGUGGUUCACCUGGAGGAUCCGGAUGAGGACGACGACGAGGGCAAGUGUACAGUAAUUAUCGCACUGAUGCAGAAGAACCGACGCUCGCGACGAAACAUGGGCGUGGACUGCCUGACGAUCGGUUUCGCCGUGUACCGUGUUACCGAGCGAGAUUUGGCUCAGAAGCCGCUGAAAAUGAAUUUCUUCAAGUACAAUGCGUCAGUGGCGCGUUCGCCGGCCUUUAUCAAUUUGCGUGAGGUCAGCUGCCGCUUUAAGCUUCCGCCCGGGGAUUAUCUGAUUGUGCCGUCGACUUUCGAACCCAACGAGGAAGGAGAGUUUCUGAUUCGAGUGUUCUCCGAAAGCAAGAACUCGAUGGAGGAGAACGACGAAGAGGUCGGCGUUGGCGACAUCGACGAUAGGAUCGCACCCGACGUUCCGAUUCCGUCGCAACCCUCGCCACAGCGCCAGGCCAUGGAACGUCUGUUUCUGGACGUGGCCGGUGCUGAUGGUGAGGUCGACUGGAUGGAACUGAAGCGCAUCCUGGACCACUCGUUCCGUGAUGAUCUACCCAAAUCGUCGUCGAUGAACGGACUGAACAAGGCACACGCGAGCCAACAAAAUGCGGCCAACUACGACGGAGGUGGUGAAGACACGAACGGUGGCCUGCUGGCUCAGUUGUGUGGUCUUCUGUGCAAGGACACACCCCUGGCGGAAGCGUUCGGUGUCUCCAGCGGUGGACCGGCGGAUACCAGCACGAAUGUACAGAAUGAAAUUAUUCCCAUCCAACACGUGGAUCAAGUGGGAACCGGUUUCUCGAAGGACGUAUGCCGCUCGAUGGUUGCCAUGCUGGACGUGGAUCAGUCCGGCAAGCUCGGGUUCGAAGAGUUCCAAACGCUGCUGACGGACAUCGCCAACUGGAAGGCGGUAUUCAAACUGUACGACGGCGACCGGACCGGGCGGCUAAGUUCGUUCGAGCUGCGGCAAGCGCUCAAUUCGGCCGGCUACCAUCUGAACAAUCGAAUCCUCAACGGGCUGGUGCAUCGGUACGGUUCCCGGGAUGGCUCGAUAGCGUUCGACGAUUUCAUUAUGUGUGCCGUUAAGAUUAAAACCAUGAUCGAAAUCUUCAAAGAACGAGAUACCGAGGGAACCAACAUGGCCACCUUCAGUAUGGACGAAUGGGUCGAGAAAACGUUAUACUCGUAAUGUGCCGAUCGCCUCUGGCUCUGAAAUGUACCGUCAACAAUCUUCCAACUUAUGACUAUUUACCUACUGUAAAUGAUUGUUGAAAAUUUAGUUGUUAACCGACAAAACAAAAUUUGCAAAAACAAACAGAACGCAUUUCCCUCCGCCCAUCAGCAAGAUAAAAUAAUAUGAACAACCCGUCUAGUUCUAUCCAUGUUAUUUUGUAUUAAUUAUUUUUUUCUGUUUUUACCACUUAUCAGUAAGCAUCGGUGUAUUUUAAAUGUUAUUUAAUCUCUGCUAGUGUAAAUAAGUUUUGCACCGCACCACUGUCGCGAAUUGCAAUUUUGAACAUGUAUGAAACGAUUAUAAAUUAUUAUUCACUUUUAUGAAGGAACGCGUGUUCGAAAUCGUUGAAGUGCUUUUAAAGAAAAAUCCGUCAAUCGGAAACAGAUAAACUAAAUACAAACUCGAAACUAUUUACGAUUACUCUAAAUUAUAUUUUUUGAUCGACAGCUAAUAAAUCUGUG